AUGGCGGAAUUUUUUACUCUAGUGUCCGCUGUUAUGAUUGUAAUAACAUUUCUCUUGCUAGGCCGGUUUAUAAUCAGGCUUGGUAUCAUGGAAAGAGAGGCCAUAUUUGAUUAUGUUAGCCAUUCGCCCAGGGAAAUUCCUUCUCAGCCUAUGGUUGGUGUUAAAAACCCCUUUUUGUUGAAAAUGAAAACAGCUGAUCAAAACAAAUCAUUAAGAACAGGUACUUAACUAAGCUUUUUUACUUACAGAGUGAUCAACUCGACAUAAGAGCUCUUAACCGUUAAGGAAUAGAAAAGGAAGAGUUGUUUUGGGAAUCGAUUCUCUCCAAAAUAAGUAUUUCAGGAAAAACAGGAAGAUUUCUGUAAACUUACGUGGUAUUAAUCUGGAAACCUUUUGUUUUCUUGGUUGAAAAUUAUUUAUUUGCAUGUGCUGCAUAUGAAAAUUUUAAUUGCUGGUAGAUCCGUGUAAGACAUAGAUCGUGAUGACGGUGGCUGGUUCCUCGAAUCGCAACUUCAUUGAGAAGGGAACGUAAGUUGCAACUUACACCUUCUGUUGAUUAUGGAGAGCGAUUAUCACCCAGCAUACUCUUGUACACGCUGGAAUUUGAAAUCGUUUUGAAUACAUUGCUAAAUAAGACUAAUACUUGAAAACAAUGUCAAUUAUUGCAUAUUAUGCAAUUUUUUUGGGGGGGGUGGAUGGGGGGGAGAGGGGAGGAGAAAUUUUCUUAAGUGAAGGUCCUCCAACAUUUUUGUUGUUUGAAACUACUGACAGUAAUAUUUGGUAGGUGUGAUUGAGCUUGUUCUGAGUUCGAUGAUUCCUUGCUAUGUGACAUUCUACUGGGAAGUUAGUAAGGCUGUUAUAGACACCGCCAUUUGUGAGGAUAACAAACAGUAUGGUAUCGCAUUUGGUGAUUGUGACGAUGAUGACAGUGAUUCAGAUGUGGAAGAACCAAGCAUGUCUGCAAUUCCUCUGGAACAUAUUCUGAGAGGUUCAUACAAGGAUCGAAGUGCGUCUGAAUUGUAUCCAAGAUAAAGAGUAAAAAUUUAAUGUCUAUGAUAGGUGCAUACCAUUUCUACAAUGAAAAGAACUUUGGUACUUUUUCAAUUUGAUAAUGUUAGUAAAUGAAGCAAAGGUGUUGAAAACAUUUAUUUUACUAGUCAGUGAUGAAUGAAUGAGUGAUAAUUUAGGAAAGCUGAUGUUUCAGCCAAUCACUUCCCUAAUUUUAUGUGACUUAUCACCUCAAAGGGUUUUUUAAGUUUCUCUAGUGCCUCUCAUUUCAAAAGCUUAUACAAGUUUUAGAUAACAAUUUGUGACCAGUAGAGUCGUAGACAAUUUACCAAUCCAAUCACCAUCCAUAAUCCAAUUACCAAUCAGCCAAGAAAAUCUACAAAAUUACAAACUUUUGGUUAUUUUUUACUUAUAUUGCUAUUGAUAAUUGUAUCUGAUGAAAAACAGGUUGCUGUGAGAUCAAAUAUCUUUCAAAGAAUAUCACAAGAAUUUGUAUUAAAUCAUGGCUUGUUUUACUUCACAACACAUCAUCCCUAACUUGCUCAAUAUCUAUAGUUAUGAUGCUGGGUCCAAUCUUGAACUUCUAGCUGUCCCUCCAGUUGACCUGGUUCAUGAAACAUCAACUAGUACUAGUGCUGUCACUGUUGGCUCAAAUUAUGAACUUGUUGUUACUGUUGAAAUGUCCAGAUGGGAUGAUCAGAGACCGCAGCAGCUCUCUGAUAUUGUAAGUUGUGCUGUAAUGUAUUCUCUGACAUCAUGUGACAUUUAUUUCUUUAGUUUGUAUACUUGAGUGUUGUCAAGAAGUUGGGUUUAGCCCCUGGUCAUUGUUAUUGAUUUGUUUGAUGCUGUGAUGCUCAUGUUCUGGCAUUUAAAAAACUCUUUUUCAUUGAUGAGAGUUGAGUGGGCUUGGUAGGGGAGGGGAGAGAAAGGGAACAGGAAGGGUAUAGGGUAUGGGAGAGGUAAGAUUGGGAAGUGGAAAGUUCAGGAGAGAAGUGUAAAAUGUACCAAACUUUUGUUUAUGUUUGAUCUGAAGUGUUUAGCAGUCAAGGGCAGAAGUUGGGAGUCAAAGGUGCAUGAUGUAAAAGAGCCAAGCACAGGAAGUGGGAAAUGAUAAAAAUAUGAAAACUGUUCUUCAAGGUUUAGUCUUGUUGUAGAAAGCCAUGGCAGUAUAAAUUUUAUCUUCAUUUCAGGUUGCUGUUAUUAUGGCAGUGAAUGUACCCUCCUCUCUCAGUGGUAACCGUGACUGUAAUGUAGCAUUGCAAUGUGUUCAGACUGCAGAGGGGAAAAUAUAUUGCAUGAAGGCAAGUAGUGCUGGAAGAACUUCCUCCUUAUUUUCUCUAAAUUAAGAUAAUAACACCUUUUAUACCUUAACAGCCAACAAUAAAGCUCUCGUGUUUAUAAAAACCCUGAGGAGACCAAAAUAGUUGGUUUUACCUUGGACAUCACUCACUCUCACAUCUUUAUGCAUUAUUUACAUCACUUGAUGCACAGGCAUCCUAAGCUCAAGUCUCAAGCGAAAGCAAACAAUUAAUGCAAGAAAGUGGCAUGUGCUAUGUGAUGUAUUUUGGAAUAUUUAGCCUUGUAAAUGGAUUAUAGUUCUUUCCCAAUACCAUUCCUUAUAAUAUGUUUACAUUCUCAUUGUUAAUUGGUUCCUCGCAUAACUUAACACUGCAUCACACAGUGCAUAAUGCUGCCAUGAAUGAAUUGUUUGCGUUUUCUCGAAACAUGAGCUUGGGAUGCCUGUGCUUGAUGAGAUUUCGGCAGGACAAGUUCAUGCAUUGUCAUUAGAUCCUUGCUUCCACAGAUAACUGGAUCAAUGGUUUGAUGGACUGUUUGGUCAAUGGGUUUAUUGAUGGAGGGAUUGAUGAGUUAACAGUAAAGCCAAGUAUUUAAUUUCCAUCCCACGUAAAGAGAUAACAAACAUAGGGGUCAUUUCAUUUUGGAAUUUCCCUGCCCCUCUGGACUGAAUCUCUUACCACUAAACCUUCUGGCUAAAUUUCUUAUUUGUCUUGCAGUAAUUUUCAAUCUUACCAUACUCUCAUGUACAUUUUUUUAACAUAUUGUUUCAUGCAAACCAAAUGACAAAAGCUGAUAACAGGUUAUGAGGAUCACAGUGUGGCACUUUCUAUCAGUUUGGAUGGGUUUAUCCUUUAACUUUCAUUAGUGACCAAAAGAGGAUUUCUCCUUACAAUAACAAUACAAUAUCAAGCAGACAAGUGAUGAGAUUAAAGAAUUGUUGAUCAAGAACCAAAUUCUCAGAAAAAAACAUCAUAAGAAUUGUAUGGAAGACAGUAAGGAGAAUUACUUGAUGAGUUCUUGGGAGUAAAAAGGCUAAGAUUAUUCUUUUAGGGCUAAGUUCCAAUGCUUAUCCUGUAAAAUUCUGGAUGUGGCCUAAGAGGUUUUUUUACGAUAUUGAAAUAUUACUACUUUCCUCUUGAUGAUCCACAGAAACUAUUUGUAGUGGACAGUGAAGACACUACAGAAGCUCAAAUUUUGUCAUCACAUCAGAGUGCAUCACCAGUCAUAUCACAGUCGUCAUCAUCAUCAGUACCUGAAUCUGCAAAUUUUUCUGCUGCAUCUACAGACUUGCUCAAUGCAGUGUGUGUCGUUUGCCGUGAACUGCCUGUGACCAGAGCCUUCCUACCUUGUAGACAUGCAUGCAUAUGUGGCUUAUGUAGUCGUCAUCUUCGGUAUUGCCCUAUGUGUAGGGAGUUCAUCCAAUCAUAUUUCAAGGUUCAAGAUGAACCAUUUAUUGAUCAGGGUGACUCUGAUGCCAGCUCUGAACUGAAGAAAUUGUCAGUUAGCGAAAUUUUAAGAGGUGUUUUUACAGCAAGUUGA